CGUCGAAGUUGGGUUGAAUGGGAAAAAAUGCUUCACGCUUAGAUGUUGAGAGUAUCGUCGCGAAAAGCCGCCGUCACUGAGUGGGGGAAUUGUUGCAGCAGUUCGGCAUGAUAAUAUGGGGCUUGGUGUGGACCGAGGCCUAGUCGCUGGGCUGUGCGCUAGCAUAUCCCACCAAGUCAGGUGAGUUCGUCGUCGCACGAUCGACGCGUUGAUGAUUGUGGCGUGUUGGGUGCUGGCCCGGUGUCAUAAGUUUAGUAGACUGCGCCGCUUUUAGACGCUAGAGUGCAAAGCCACGUUCGUUGGUAGAACGAACUACGUGUUUGUGUGUGCGCUUUAGCCUUUAACUCAGUAGGCCGUGACCGUCAGGCCAGUUUGCAAGUGCGAUAGAAUGCAUUCAUGGGGGGCACAUGGUAGCCAACUUCCGGAUGCUGCGCAUCAUAGAGCGUGCUAAAUACGGCACCAUUAAUGGAAGAUGCGGUUCUGAUCAGUAAGUGCAGUGGUUUCACAGCUGGAAUUGUGCUAGUCGUUCCUCCGAGUGCGGAAGCAAACAACGUGUGAGGUUAUACGGAGUGCAUCCACAUCUAACCUCAUGUACGAUGGCAUCCAUCACUGUGUUGCGCUUGCUUAAGUGUGUGAUUGUUAUAUUUGUCCUGGGCUUACUCGUUGAUGGUGCCGUCGUACGGCAGUAUACCUGUGACAGUUACUUCCAAUCCUGGUGCCAGCUGCACAACGCCACUGUACAUAUGGACACGGAUGUGCAGGCGAGUGUGUUCCCCCGCGUACGGCAGCUCGGCUUCAUUUACGGUUCCAUCGGCAACUUCACGCACACGUUCAACAACCAGCUGUUCAAGGCGGGAGUACUACGGGUGUUCGCACGGGGCACCCGGGUAACGACACUCACCAUGCCCAGCACGAUCGAGCAGCUCUAUCUGCGCGACAACGGUUUGCGGACGGUGGAAAUCGACCCACGGGCACGGUACAUCGUGCGCUACCUCCGGCUGCAGAUGAAUAAACUUCGCUCGAUCGCACACUUCGAACAUCUCACGCAGCUGCACGAGCUCAAUCUGUGUGACAAUUUGAUCGAAGACGUACCGCUGGAUACGUUUGCCACCAUGCCAGCGCUGCGCCAGCUGAUCCUGUGCGGCAAUCACAUCAAGACGCUCGGUACUACGCCGACCGUCAUCCAGCUGCCCGCACUGACGCACCUAGACCUCGGUGGCAACUUUCUCGCGAGCCUCCCGCUCGAACGGUGGCAGCUGCCACAGCUGAUUAACCUAAGCGUGCGCGAUAACCUGCUAACCACACUGGACAGUGGGCUGCUCGUGCGGCGGUUUCCUCUGCUACGCAUACUGGACGCAUCGGCGAACGCACUCGAUUGCCAUUCGUACCACCAAGCACUGCAAACGUUUGUGAAUCGUUCCGUGGUGCAUCUGAUCGAUCGGCGCAUGUGCAGCGUGGACGAUGCGAUCGUGCUGGAUGCGGAGGAAAUGCGGCGUCCCAAUGGCAUCAAACCGGCGGCGGCGGAGGGUAAUGGUCCGCUGGAGGUGCGCCAUCUGAAGGAACGCAUCUUUCUGCAGCAGCGCACCAUACAGCAGCAGCGGAUGGAAAUUGAGCAGCUGCGCGCCAACCUGACCACGCUGAUGGAGCAGUUCGAUCUGGUGGCUGGACCGGCAAGAGCGCUUGAUCCGUUCUAACGCGACCCCUUCGUGCGACGGUAGCAGUGGGAGGCAGUUGCCCUUUAAAGACAAACAUGCCACAAAGAGGAUAUCGGGUGAAACACACACAAACGCGUACAUUUAAAUGUGUUACUUUUGUGCACAACAUGUGUGUGUGUGUAUAACGA